GUAAUGUGUUGGAAAAAGUUUUCUAUCAUACGAACUUCCUCGUUACUGUCAAAACUCGGCCUAACAUAUACGUUACGGAUAACGUAAACGUUCAAUCAUAGAACGCAUUGUUUAUAAAAGUAUUUUCAUUUCUUUUAUUUUAUCCUUUUACAGGAAAAUUGCUUGUUAUUUUAUUAACGUCUUUGACUUAACCACCCUAUAUCAAUAGAGAAUACAUGGCAAAAAUAUGAUUUUUGACCACAGUGUAUCAUGAGUAACUUGGCAACAUUGACGUCAAUCAUUCUGUCUUCUGUGAAAUUUGAUUUUAAAAGCUUUAAUUGAUGAAUAAAAAUCAUAGAAAUAUUCAUAUUUUAGCGAUUAACAAGUCUGAUAUGUACUGUUUCUAAAAAUUCAGAAAAUAAAUAAUUUUUUAAUUUAGGAUGACAUUUUCUUUUUGACAAUGACAGACAAAUGUCAUUGUCAUCGCUGUCUGUAGAGUGGGAGGCGAAAAUUCUGGAAUGAAAUAGAAAUUUCGAUAAGAAUUUAUAUAGGAGGUUCUUGUUAAACAUUUAAAUAGUGAAAUAUAGAAAGUUAUUUACCAGUGAAAUGGAAAAGGUCGCCGCUUUGAAAGAUAAAGGAAACGCAGCCCUUAGCGCAAACAAAAUAGACGAAGCAAUCAAAUAUUAUUCAGAAGCCAUCGAGCUAGAUCCCAAAAACGCCGUUUUAUUUUCAAAUAGAUCGGCGGCUUACGCGAAGGCCAGCCAAUACGAAUUAGCUCUAAAAGAUGCCGAAAAGGCUGUCGAUAUCAAACCGGACUGGUCGAAGGCCUAUUCUAGGAAAGGCGCUGCUCUAUCGUAUUUAGGUAGAUACGAUGAUGCGAUCGCUACUUAUGAAAAGGGGUUGCAAAUCGAUCCUAGUAAUGCCCAACUUACAGAAGGUUUGACGGAGGUGAGAUGUCAAAAAGCGCAAAAAAAUCGUUCGAUUCCAAAUCCCUUCUCCGGUCCAGACGUAUUAAUGAAAUUGAGAUCUGAUCCCAGGACCAAAGCCUAUUUAGACGAUCCCGAAUAUUUAGCUUUGCUUGCGCAACUCCAGUCGAAUCCGCAGACCCUAGGAAGCAAAUUGCAAGAUCCUAGGGUGCUGACGACUCUUAGCGUUCUAAUAGGAAUGGAUCCUGGCGCCGAUGAACCUAUGGACACUGAACCAAUUUACACGCCGCGGCCUAAGAGGGCGGAACCUAAACCUCAGCCCAAGAAGGAGCCUGAACCCGAGUUGCCUGAGAAUAAAAGGCUAGCGAUGGCCGCCAAAGAAGAAGGCAACUCGUAUUACAAAAAGAAAGAUUUCGAAAACGCCAUCGUCCAUUACACCAAAGCCAUCGAGCACGAUCCCACCGACAUGACGUUCUACAAUAACUUGGCCGCCGUCUAUUUCGAACAGAAGGAGUACGACGAGUGCAUAAAGCAAUGCGAAAAAGCGAUCGAAAUCGGUCGCGAAAACCGAGCCGAUUUCAAAUUGAUCGCGAAAUCGUUCAUGAGAAUCGGCAACGCCUGUAGGAAACUGAAGGAUUACAAAACGGCGAAGACCUACUACGAAAAAUCCAUGUCCGAACAUAGAACGCCGGAGAUCAAGACUUUGUUGUCGGAAGUGGAAAGGAUCAUCAAGGAUGAGGAGUUGAAAUCUUAUGUUAAUCCCGAAUUGGCCGAGAAGGAGAAGGAACAAGGUAACGAACUAUUCAAAAAGGGCGACUACGCCACGGCCGUCAAACACUACACGGAAGCCAUCAAACGCAACCCGGACGAUCCGAAACUGUUCAGCAACCGCGCCGCCUGCUACACGAAACUAGCCGCCUUCGAUUUGGGCCUCAAAGACUGUGAUAGAUGCGUCGAACUCGAUCCGAAAUUCAUCAAGGGCUGGAUCCGCAAGGGACAUAUCCUGCAAGGCAUGCAGCAAUCGAGUAAAGCCAUCGUAGCUUUUCAAAAAGCCUUGGAACUCGAUCCGAACAACUCCGAAGCGCUGCAGGGAUACAGGGCGUGUACGAUCGAGAACGCGAAUUUGGACGGCGGCGAUCCGGAGAAGAUCAGGCAACGCGCGAUGGGCGAUCCGGAGGUGCAGCAGAUUUUGAGGGAUCCCGCGAUGCGGAUGAUUUUGGAACAAAUGCAGAACGAUCCGAAAGCUUUGCAGGACCAUCUAAAGAAUCCCGAUAUAGCCGCGAAGAUACAGAAGUUGCUCGAAUCUGGAUUGAUUGCUAUUCGCUAGUUUAGUUUUAUUAUUAUUAUUGAUUAAUAAUAGUUGAAUUCGGAAAUAAUGGGCAGUAAUGGAAUGUGCGAAGUAAGAGGAAACGAUUCAGUAGCGGGUAUAUAUUGAAUAUUGCAUAGUAAUGGUAUUUCUUCACGGAUUAUUGUUUAUUAUUUUCGGAUUCAACUAUAUUUUUUUUUUGUUUCUAUUUAAUUACAUUAGGAUUUUUAUUUUUGUGAAUUGGUAUGAUUAUCAGUUGAUGAAUGAUUCUAUUUCCAAAUAGAUGCUCUUUUGUAUUCUUUAGGUUGUAACAUCAUUAAAGUCUUGGUUGAAUUGAACCUAUA